AUGGGGUUGAAAGGAGGCCCAGGGAGAAUACAAUCUGACAGAGAAGUUUUUGAUUUCACAGACUCUAGAUUUGUAGACCCUCUUCCUGAGACAAAGUUUAAUAAACCUCUUGAGGAAUUAGAAUUUGAACGUGCUGUUGAAUCUAAUAGACUCCUUCCAGGAGGAUUUCCAUCUUUUUCAACCCCAAGGCAACCCUUUCAGGUUCAACAAACUGGGUCAGCUUUCAACCAGCCGCUGACUCCUUUUGUUCACACAUCGGCCAUUGCAGAGUCCCCCAGACAAUCCAGCUUUCAAGGAGUCCAGUCAAGAUUACAGGGAGUCCAGUCCAGACAGAACCAGGGAGUCCAGCCCAGUCUUCUUCAACAACAGACUUUUCAAUCUUUUCUACCGGAGGCAAACUUUGCAUCAUUUGCCAAGAUUUCUAGGAGUAUCCCACAGGGCAGCUAUUCCAUCUCCUAUCCUUCAUCUUAAGAAGAUCAUGAAUUUGUAGCUCAAAUAAAAUCUAGUAAUCAAUUUUGUUUUAGUAUUGUAAAAGUGCUAAAAAUGUAAAAAAUUUCAUCAGAACAUUAAAAAUAUUUCUUUUAAAAUUUAUACAUGAUUUAAACUAAGUUUUUCAAUAUAAACAAAGUUAUUGUAAAUAAAUAUAGCAAUGUCAUUCAAAUUUACAUAAAAGGAAAACGUAAAUGUUCAAAAUGCAAUUCUGUGUGAAUGCAACCUAACACAAAACCUUUGAUAAAAAA